UUCUCAGUCCUCAUGUCGAAUCAAUCCGGAUGCCCUCCCGUGGGGGUCCAGCUGGAGGCCCAGAUCCUGCCCCCGGUCCUGGGUCUGGAUGUGAUCUUAGGUCUGAUCGGGAACUCUGUGGCUCUGUGGAUCUUCUGCUGCAAACUCAAGACAUGGAACCCAAACAACAUCUUCCUCUUCAACCUCCUCAUCGCAGAUUUUAUGGCCCUGGUGAGUCUUCCUCUCCGCAUCGAUGCUCUGGUCCGGUCUUUCUGGGUCUUCGGGGACGGACUCUGCAGGAUUAACCUCUUCCUCAUGUUCUCAAACCGCUCGGCCAGUAUCGCCAUGAUGACUGUGGUCGCCACCUACAGGUACCUCAAGGUAGUCCACCCUCUCUCCUCCCUCUCCCGCCUCUCUCGUCUCCACGCUGUCAUCAUCUCCGCUGUGGUCUGGACGUUGGUGGCAGCUCCUCGUGUUCCGAUGCUUUCCCUCAGCCACAUAAAGGUCCUUCAGAACCAAACCCAGUGCUUCUUCUUCACAUCGUACGGCGAAACGUCUGCUCUUCGUCUCGGGCUCGUGUCGUCUCAUCGCAUCAUCACCGUUCUCGAGUUCGUUUUCCCGUUCUCCAUCCUGGUCUUCUGCUCCAUAAGGAUCUCCAGGUUCCUCAAAGCCAGAGGAACCGUGGGAGACCAGAAGAAGGUGAAGCGGGCGAUGCGUGUGUGCGUGGUCAUCGUUGGCGUGUUCGUGCUGUGUUUUAUGCCCACGAGCGUGACCACGGCGGGCAUCUGGAUCGUCCAAUCACAGCGUCCGUGGAACUGCACCGCGUUCUACACCCUGACCCAGCUCACCAUCGUGUCCUUGGGCUUGAACUUCCUGAACUCGGCUCUGGAUCCUCUGCUCUACGUCUUCUCCAGCUCCAACUUCAGAAAGGCCCUGGUCCAAAGUCUGCCCCAGUGUCUCCAGAGAAGAACCAAACCAAAACCAGGACCUGGACCAGGACCUGGACCGAACCAGAGCCAGAGCGAGACCGGGUCUACAGCAGCGACCCAGAGUACCUCACAACACGAGCUAAUGAGCAUCAACUGAACCAGGACUAGACCGGGACUAGACCAGGACUAGACCAGGACUAAAGCAGGACUAAAGCAGGACUAGACCAGGACUAGACCAGGACUAAAGCAGGACUAAAGCAGGACUAAAGUAGGACUAAAGCAGGACUAGACCAGGACUAGACCAGGACUAGACCAGGACUAAAGCAGGACUAGACCGGGACUAGAUCAGGAUUAAAGCAGGACUAGACCAGGACUAGACCAGGACUAGAGCAGGACUAGACCAGGACUAAAGCAGGACUAGAGCAGGACUAGACCAGGACUAGACCAGGACUAAAGCAGGACUAGACCAGGACUAGACCAGGACUAAAGCAGGACUAGACCAGGACUAGACCAGGACUAGACCAAGACUAACGCAGGACUAGACCAGGACUAAAGCAGGAAUAGAGCAGGACUAGACCAGGACUAGAACAGGACUAAAGCAGGACUAGACCAGGAUUAGACCGGGACUAGACCAGGACUAGACCAGGACUAAGCAGGACUAGACCAGGACUAAACCUGGACUAGACCAGGACUAGACCAGGACUAGACCAGGACUAAAGCAGGACUAGACCAGGACUAGACCAGGACUAAAGCAGGACCAGACCAGGACUAGGCCAGGACUAGACCAGGACUAGACCAGGACUAGACCGGGACUAGACCAGGACUAGACCAGGACUAGACCAGGACUGAACCAGGACUGAACCAGGAUUAAACUAGGACUGAACCAGGAUGAAAGCAGGACAAGACCAGAACUAGACCAGGACUAGACCAGGACUAAAGCAGGGCUGGACCAGAUCUAGACCAGGACCGAACCAGGACUAAACCAGGACCGAACCAGGACUAAACCAGGACUAAAGCAGGAUUGAACCAGGACUCAACCAGGACUAGACCAGGACUAAAGCAGGAUAAAAGCAGGAAAAGACCUGUACUAAACCAGGACAAAACAAAAAUUAACCCAGGGCUAAACCAGGACAAACCAGGACAAAAAGAGGACUGAACCAGGUCUAAAUCAGGACUCAACCAGGACAAGAUUAGAACUAAAGCAGCACCAAAGCAGGACUAAAACAGGACUAGACCAGGACUAAAGUUUCUUGUGCCAUUAAAGCUCAUUUCUCCUUUAGUCCUACCGUAGGACUAACUCAAUCUAACACAUUACUGCUCAUUUUGGUGCUUUUUACAAUAAUGAUUUAGUUUUCUUUGUUGUUGUUGUUAGUUUUGACACUGGACCUGAUUUUUAUGAUCUCACAAAGGCCUUAUUCUGUUUUUUUCCCCUUAAUUCCGAUUUAAUAUUGUCGUUUCUUUUGUUUUAAUUUAACCUGUUGUUUCUGAACUUAUGAAGACUUUGAUUAUUGAUAAAGUUUUAUACCGUCCCUAUUGUUACGACGAUACUAACAUUUUAAACUCGAUUUUGAUACUAAGGAAUAGACUCGAUACUUAAUACUAUGAUGAUAAUAAAAUGAUAAUAGAGACAAUAGAAUAAGGUUUUCAACAUUAAAUAGUAGUACUUUCUUUUACAUUGCUAGGCGUCCUUUCAUUUUUUUUUUCAAUUCAAUUCAAUUUUAUUUUUCCACAAUGGUCAAUGUUAUAUAAGGCACAUACACACACAGAGCAUCAUGCACAUUCAAAGUUAUAAGUCGCACUCUUUUUCAUAGUUUGUCCGAGGGUGUGACUUAUACUCAGAUGUGAGAUGUCAGACUCUUUGACUCUCACAUGACUAACACCAGACACGUGUUCAGUUCUGUCUGUGCUUCAUGUAGCUGAAUAAAUAUAAAUGCGUUGCCUUAUUAUUAUAAUUAUUAUUAUUGUUACUUGACUUUAAAGAUAAAAUGUGUGUUCUUGGUCUCAGAUUUUGGAAAAUAAAUUUCC